GUAAAGAAGCGCAGAGAGAGAGAGAGAGAGAGAGAGAGAGAGAGAGCUAGAGAGAGAAACAGGGCGAGCGAGCUCACCAGCAUUCUCUCUCUCUUCAGGUCCGUCCCACCACCAGCAACAGCAGCAGCAGCAAUGGCGUCGUCGCCGUCGUCGUCGCCGUCGUCUUCCUCCUCGGCGCUCCACCGUCUCCUCCCCGCGCUGCUGCUCGCCGCCCUCUCGAUCCUCUCCUCGAGCCGCCUCGUCAAGUGCGACGGUGAGGACGAUAAUCUUCUUCAAGGCAUUAACGGUUAUCGGACAUCUUUGAACUUAACAGCCCUUACGAAGAAUGAUAAUGCGGAAUGCCUUGCCAAGGAAAUAGCUGAUCAAUUUAAGAAUAAACCUUGUACUAAUACAACAGGUGCUGACACUGUACCCGGGACUGAGCCUCAAUUCUCCAACUUUCCAACACUUUUAGCCAACUGCCAUCUGAACGUCUCUGUCACAAGGGAUGGGGCAAUAAUGCCUGCUUGUGUUCCCAACUUGGUCCCAAGCCUUGUCCUCACUAACUUCACCCAGUCUCAGUAUUCAGGUAACCUAAAUGAUAGCAAGUAUACAGGAAUUGGAAUUAGUUCUGAAAAUGAUUGGAUGGUAGUCAUCUUAACCACGAAUACACCCGAAGGAACCUACUUGACUGUCAAGUCAGCCGGUUUGAUUCUGAAAAGCAGUUUCAUUUAUCAAUUGCUCUUUCUACUCAUCGGUUUUGUGCUCCUAUUGUGAAACUGGUGAUAACACGGCCUUAUGGCAGUUUGACUGAGAGCAAUCAAAGCAUAACUACAGAGGAUUCAUUGCCUUGUUUUAAUUUGAAGGAAAGGUGAAAUUGCAGAAUAAUCGAGAGUACAUUCUUUUUGUAUUAGCUUGUGUUGUGGCUGGAAAUAUGUAACACGUGAUUUGGUUUGAGGAUUCUACUAUGUUAUAUGUGUUCUUCGUUUUGCCUUAAUUUCUUCCUUUACUUGAAUCCUGCGAUUCAUUUGCAAUUGAAUUAGUGCAAAAGAGUUACAGGUUGCUUGG